UUAAAAUAAUAUUUUUCCUGUGAUGCUCAUGAUAAUGUUUAAUCCAGCCUCAUUUGGAUUGGAUUGGAGGUUGGCUAUGUGAUUGCAUCCAGUUCAUUAAUAUUAAAUAACCCUCUGAUUUAAAAGGUCAUAGCAAAAUCUACCACAGAACUUGUUGGUGGCAAUAACUAAGAUGAUAGACCAAAAUGUAGUAAGAGAUUACUUGUAAAGUUAUGAUCUGUUUCACAAUUGGAUGCGCUAUGGUAAAUAUUGAUAGGUGAUGCAAUAGAUUGCUUUUAGGCUUUGUUAAUUACUUUUAACAUUCAUACAUUGUCAAAGUGAAAAAAUGAACUCACGAAAUUUCUCUAUUCAAAUAACAGAAUUUGUUAUCGAGGGUUUUGAAAAAGUUGAAAGAAAAAUGGCAAUAGGUGUGGUGAUGUUAAUUGUUUAUGUUUUAAUCAUUUUAGCUAAUACACUCAACAUCGUAUUUGUCAUUUUAGACAAGAAACUACACAAACCAAUGUAUCUUCUGAUUUGCAAUUUGGCUGUUGUUGAUAUGCUGUAUAGUACAAGUUCAUGCCCAACUAUGAUUGGUGUAUUAUUGGCUGGUGCGAAUACGAUAUCCUAUGCGGCAUGUUUCAUUCAAAUGUUCAUCUUUCAGGUAGCUGAAACAAUGGAGCUGUUUGCUUUAGCUGUCAUGGCCUUUGAUCGCUUGAUUGCCAUCUCUUUUCCAUUGAGGUAUCGUAGCAUACUAACAAAUGUUCAUACCAUAGCCAUAACAUAUUUCCUUUGGGUCGCUGCCUGUGCCUUUGUCACCCUUAUGCCUGUGCUUUUGAUACCUAUGCCUCACUGUUCCAACAGGUUAACGUACACUUUCUGUGAUUUCCCCGCUGUUGUCCGCACCUCUUGUCUCAAUCCUUCGUAUUAUUUUAAUUUGGCCACAAUCGUAUUAUUCUUUUUAUUAUUUUUCACCUCUGGUUUCAUUUGCUUAUCUUAUGCGUGGAUUAUAUCUGUUGUUUUGAGGUCGUCUAAGAAUGAGACUAGAAAGUUGCUCAGUACAUGUUUCAGUCAUCUGAUUGUAGUGGUGUGUUACUAUGUGCCAUUGUUUGUGCGUGUUGUUUUUACCAGAAUCGGCCUGGUGUUGACGUUGGAGGAACGACAAGGUUUAAUGAUUGGGGCCAUUCUUGGUCCAUCUCUUGUAAAUCCCUUUGUGUACUGUUUAAGAACUAAAGAAAUAAAAAACAAGUUGUUCAGUAUAUUUAAGAAAGGAAAACCAAUACAAUAGGAUUGCAUUUUUGAAAUGCAUCUGCUCUAGCUGUAUUUUGUAUCCUGUAAUACAGUGGUUACAGUGGUUUCCAAACUGUAGGUCACAAACCUUUGAUGGACCAACUGGGCCAUGGGAUGGCCUCGCUUUAUAUUGUCACAAAAUAUGUUUGUGGUUAUCAUGAAGGUAUCUCCUAGGUGGGUUACAGCCUGAAAGGUUUAAAAACCUCUGUUCUUAUGCAUCUCACACAUGAUGUACAGAAUUAGUUUUGGAUGUAAUAUAUUCCUGUCAGAUUUUCACCAAGUGUGCAGUAAAUGUAAAUAAAGAUCAGCAAAAACUGCUCUGAAUUUGAGUUAUCUUAAUACUGAUACUAAUAUGUAAAGAGUUGGCCGAUCACAGACUAUGUACAAUUGUAUGUUUGUACAUGUGUGAGUGUACAGGAGACUUACUAAUGAGUAAUAGGGAAAUAAACUCACAAUCUUAAUUAUUAAAUCAUACAAUUUUGGAUACAAAUAUUGCUUGUCAUUAAAAUUUUGGUCCAAAAUAGUUAAUUUUUGAGGUCUCAAUAUUACUAAAUUUCUUUUACUUUUUUUUCGUGGUCAGGGAAAGAAGGUUGUUUUUAUGAAUGAGCUCAUUUGAUUUGCCUCUUUAGCUGUUUCCUGAUCAGCAUGUUACCAAACCCAUUCUGUGCUGCUCCAUUAUAUGGAAUAAUAGUGCAACUAGUAGUCGCAACAUGUUACAU